AUGGCUCAAACUGAAGACAUGUCUAAGCAGGUGAGCGUUGAGGCUAAGGGAGAGAGUGAGUCCACGGGGGAGAUAAAACGGGCUCGGACCAUGGCUCUGUACAAUCCCAUCCCAGCCAAACACAACUGUCUCACCGUCAACAGGUCUCUCUUUAUCUUUGCUGAGAAUAACAUCAUAAGAAAAUAUGCAAAAAGGAUCAUAGAGUGGCCUCCAUUUGAGUAUAUGAUCCUGGCCACCAUCAUUGCCAACUGCAUUGUUUUAGCUCUGGAACAACAUCUUCCUGGCGAGGACAAGACACCUAUGUCCAAAAGGCUGGAGAAGACAGAGCCCUAUUUUAUUGGAAUCUUCUGUUUUGAGGCCGGUAUCAAGCUAGUGGCACUUGGUUUUGUUUUUCAUAAGGGUUCCUAUCUCAGAAAUGGCUGGAAUGUAAUGGACUUCAUUGUUGUGCUUAGUGGGAUUCUGGCUACGGCUGGCUCUCAUAUGAAUAUUCCAGUGGAUUUGCGAACACUCAGGGCUGUACGUGUGUUAAGACCCCUCAAACUAGUCUCUGGUAUCCCCAGUUUACAAAUAGUCCUGAAGUCCAUAAUGAAAGCCAUGGUGCCGCUGCUGCAGAUUGGUCUUCUUCUGUUCUUUGCCAUCCUGAUGUUCGCGAUCAUUGGUCUGGAGUUCUACAGUGGGAAAUUACAUCACACAUGCCUGUCCUCCCCUGAUAUCCUCGAUAAUGAGACGGUGGACUCAUCUGAGGUUGAGUUUGCAUGUGGUGUGAGGAAGUGUCCAGACAAAUACACCUGCAGUGGCUCAUGGAUCGGGCCCAAUGACGGCAUCACUCAGUUUGAUAACAUCCUCUUUGCUGUACUAACAGUGUUUCAGUGCAUCACUAUGGAGGGAUGGACUGCUGUCUUGUACAAUACUAAUGAUGCUUUGGGACCCACAUGGAAUUGGAUCUACUUCAUUCCUCUCAUCAUUAUUGGCUCAUUCUUUGUGCUUAAUCUUGUGUUGGGUGUCCUGUCUGGAGAAUUUGCUAAAGAGAGAGAGCGAGUGGAGAACAGACGUGCCUUCAUGAAGCUCAGACGCCAGCAACAGGUGGAGAGAGAACUCAACGGCUAUCGUGCCUGGAUCGACAGAGCAGAGGAAGUAAUGCUUGCAGAGGAAAACAAGAAUUCUGGGAGGUCAGCAUUAGAUGUGUUGAAACGUGCCACAAGCAAGAAAAAUGCCAGGCGUCGAGGACCAGGGGAGGAGAAGUAUUCUGAAACCUCCACAGUUGGUGGUCCUCGACCAAGGGUUGGUAUAAGAACUGCGAGGCGUGGGCCUGCUGCUUAUAUGCGCCGCAAAGAACGCAUGUUGCGGAUCUCUAUUCGUCGCAUGGUUAAAACAGACAGCUUCUAUUGGAUAGUCCUCAGUCUGGUGGCACUCAACACCAUAUGUGUUUCCAUUGUUCAUCACAACCAACCAGAAUGGCUCACUGUUAUACAGUACUAUGCAGAAUUUGUGUUUCUUGGACUCUUUCUCGCUGAGAUGUUUCUGAAAAUGUAUGGCCUUGGGUUUCGUCUCUACUUCCAUUCAUCCUUUAACUGCUUUGAUUGUGGAGUGAUUGUAGGUAGUAUUUUUGAAGUGGUGUGGGGGUUCUUCAGGCCUGGAGUUUCUUUUGGCAUCAGUGUGCUCAGAGCUUUACGACUGCUACGAAUCUUUAAGAUCACCAAGUACUGGUCAUCCCUGCGGAACUUGGUGGUGUCCCUCAUGAGCUCCAUGAAGUCCAUCAUCAGUUUACUCUUCCUUCUCUUCCUCUUCAUCGUUGUCUUCGCAUUACUUGGCAUGCAGCUGUUUGGUGGCAGGUUCAUCUUUGAAGAUUACACUCCUACUAAUUUCGACACGUUUCCAGCUGCCAUCAUGACUGUCUUUCAGAUUCUUACGGGAGAAGACUGGAAUGAGGUGAUGUACAAUGGGAUACGUUCUCAGGGAGGGGUGCAGUAUGGAAUGUGGUCCUCAAUCUACUUCAUUGUUUUAACCUUGUUUGGGAACUACACAUUGCUCAAUGUUUUCUUGGCCAUUGCUGUGGAUAAUCUAGCCAAUGCACAGGAGCUAACUAAGGAGGAGGAAGAAGAGGAGGAAGAAUUCUUCAAUCACAGAUACAAGAGCAGAGAAUUUGGCCUCUCCGAGAGAAGAAGGAGGCCGUACUUGUACAGGAAGCGUGCCAUUCACAGAGGUCGUCCAUGUCCUGCAGAGGCUGAGGAAGAAGCUGCUGGGAAACCAGUAGAAGAGCCACCGGUGAAUGCUUUCGCCGGCCGUCGUGAGAGAUGCAAAAAAAUUAAUAUGUCUGUCUGGGAGCAACGGACCAACCAGCUGAGGAAGCGACGGCAGAUAGCAAGUCGUGAGGUGCUGUUUGGCAGUACCGCAGAAGACCAGUUGGACACUCCGAUGAGUGAUCACCACCAACAGCGUGGGAUUUCCCCAGAGACGAGCCCUUUACACCUGCCAGGAUCACCGAUGUCUGUGGUAAUGCCCCUGCCAGAACCACCCAUGUCCAUCACCAUCCCUCUGCCUGAACCUCCAGAGUCUGAACCAGUGCCCCUGACAGGAUCCGGACUCGAAUCAAGUGCCAACAAUCACCAUUCAAACACAGAUAGGAGGCAUCGCGUAGCAAGGAAGUUUCGAGCUGCUGCCGCUGCAGGGGUGGCGGAGGGCGGACGACACAAACGCCACAGACAUCGAGAGCCCAGAACAGAGGCCAGAAACAUAGAGAACCACCAGCAGUUUGGCUGCAGUGAGAAACAGGCAGAUGGUGAAGAUAAAACUGAGGACACACAGUCCAAAAACAUUAUGCACCUGGAAGAAACAGAAAUAAACAUGUUUGGCAAGCAAAUUGAGAAUCAGGAGGAAUGCCAAAGUGAGAUUGUGGAGGAUGCUGCAGGAUUUUCCCAAGUGUCUGGUCUUCAGGAGCUUCAGUGUGUCAGUAUAGGAAUGGAGGAUCAAGCAGAAAGCCAGGAAAAACCUUUAUUGAAGCAAAAAGAAGAUUUUGCAUCCGAGUCUAAAUACAUCUCAGGGGAAAUCUCAGACAUUGAGAACAAUGGCAGCUAUCUGAACCAGGACGAGUGUGUAACAGAAACCAGCAUUACACGAGAAUCAUCAGCACAGCCGUUGUUGGAAAUGACACCUAUGACUGUGAGUUUUAAGGAUGUGGAGUCCGCUCUCUCAGAGAAAGGUGAUGAUGAAGACGAUGAUGAUGAUGAGAAUGGACUAACAGGAGAUCCGUCCACUGCACCCAACCCUGACAUACCAGACAGUAUGUUCAUCUUUAAGAGCAAAAAUCCAAUCAGAAGGAUCUGCCACUAUGUGGUGACCCUAAAGUAUUUUGAAAUGACCAUUCUGCUGGUGAUCGUGGCCAGUAGUAUUGCACUGGCUGCUGAAGACCCUGUGUGCACCAAUUCAGAAAGGAACAAAGUUCUGCGUUACUUUGAUUAUGUUUUCACUGGUGUCUUCACAUUUGAGAUGAUUAUCAAGAUGAUUGACCAGGGCCUCAUUCUUCAUGAUGGAUCAUAUUUCCGGGACUUAUGGAACAUUCUGGACUUCAUUGUAGUGGUUGGAGCUUUAAUUGCCUUUGCAUUGACGAAUUUAAUGGGAAACAACAAAGGCAGAGACAUCAAGACCAUCAAGUCUUUACGAGUUCUCAGAGUUCUUCGCCCACUCAAGACCAUCAAAAGACUUCCAAAGCUCAAGGCUGUGUUCGAUUGUGUGGUCACAUCUUUGAAAAACGUCUUCAACAUUCUCAUCGUCUACAAGCUCUUCAUGUUCAUCUUUGCUGUGAUUGCUGUACAGCUCUUUAAAGGGAAGUUCUUUUACUGCACUGACGGAUCAAUGGGCACACAGAAAGAAUGCCAGGGCUACUACAUUGAUUAUGGGCGAGACAGGAAGGAGGUGAAGAAGAGAGAGUGGAGGAGACACGAGUUUCACUAUGAUAACGUCCUCUGGGCUCUUCUAACACUCUUCACUGUGUCCACAGGAGAGGGCUGGCCACAAGUUCUUCAACACUCAGUGGACGUCACUGAAGAAGACCAUGGCCCAAGUAGAGGAAACCGCAUGGAGAUGGCAAUUUUCUAUGUAGUAUAUUUUGUGGUUUUUCCCUUCUUUUUUGUCAACAUCUUUGUUGCUCUCAUAAUAAUCACAUUCCAGGAGCAGGGUGACAAAAUGAUGGAGGAGUGCAACUUGGAGAAAAAUGAGCGGGCGUGCAUUGACUUUACUAUCAGUGCAAAGCCUCUGACGAGAUACAUGCCUCAAAACAGACAAACUCUGCAGUACCGAUUAUGGCACUUUGUGGUGUCACCGUCAUUUGAGUACACUGUUCUGGUCAUGAUUGCACUCAACACAGUCGUCCUCAUGAUGAAGUACCACUCGGCCCCAGCUGCCUACGACAUGGUCUUAAAGCACCUCAACACGGCGUUCACUGUGCUCUUCUCUCUUGAAUGCAUCUUAAAGAUCAUGGCUUUUGGGUUCAUUAACUACUUUCGUGAUACAUGGAACAUCUUUGAUUUCAUCACUGUGCUGGGCAGUAUUACUGAAAUUGUGGUAGAUUUACAGUCUGUGAACACAAUCAAUAUGAGUUUCCUUAAACUUUUCCGGGCGGCUCGACUCAUUAAACUCUUGAGGCAGGGCUACACAAUCCGCAUUCUGCUGUGGACCUUUGUUCAGUCCUUUAAGGCUCUUCCAUAUGUUUGUCUUCUCAUCGCUAUGCUGUUUUUCAUUUAUGCUAUUAUUGGCAUGCAGGUUUUUGGAAAUAUUAAAUUGAAUGAUGAAAGCCACAUUAAUCAACACAACAAUUUCAAGACAUUCUUCGGUGCAUUGAUGUUGCUCUUUAGAAGUGCUACAGGGGAGUCGUGGCAGGAAAUCAUGCUGUCGUGCCUUGGUGGAAAGGAGUGCGAGCCGGACCCUUCAAUUGUACCUCCUUUCACUUCCCCAGAUCAUGAAGGCGGCUGCGGCACUGACUUCGCCUAUUUCUAUUUUGUCUCAUUUAUCUUUUUCAGCUCAUUUUUGAUGCUGAAUCUCUUUGUGGCUGUGAUUAUGGAUAAUUUUGAGUAUCUGACACGGGACUCCUCCAUUCUUGGUCCUCACCAUCUGGACGAGUUUGUGCGCAUUUGGGGGGAAUAUGACCGAGCAGCAUGUGGCCGUAUUCACUACACUGCCAUGUACGAGAUGCUAACACACAUGUCUCCACCUCUUGGCCUGGGAAAGAAAUGUCCUGCCAAAGUUGCCUACAAGAGAUUGGUGCUGAUGAACAUGCCAGUGGAUGAAGACAUGACUGUUCAAUUCACCUCCACACUCAUGUCUCUGAUCCGCACCGCACUGGAAGUCAAAAUUGCUAGAGGGGGAGAGGACCGGAUCCAGUUGGACAUGGAAUUGCAAAAGGAGAUAAGUAUUAUUUGGCCACACCUCUCUCAGAAGACACUGGAUCUGCUGGUACCUAUCAAUAAAGACACAGACAUGACCGUUGGAAAGAUCUAUGCCUCUAUGAUGAUCAUGGAUUACUUCAAGCAGAGCAAAGCCAAGAAGUUGAGGCAGCAGGUGGAGGCACAGAGAAGUUCUACACUGCCCCUGAUAGCACACAGUGCUGGAUCAGCCCUGACAAGUGGAGGGUUUGUGGCUUUGAGCCCCAUAUCUCCACAGGAAUUGUUACUACAGCCCAUGAGUCAGCGCGCUGACAGCAGUGAAGACUAUGACGUCUCUCAGGUUGAUGAAUCUGGGUUGAACGGAUUGUGGGGAGAAGAUCGUCCACCUGAACAUGCCUUCAGAGUUAGACACAAGAGCUACAAAGCUGCAGUGUCCCAUUCAGACCAGACGCAGAACAUGGAAAAGGUGCGGGGACGACCCAAAGAACAACGGCUCCUCCUGUCCCCGGACAACACCAAAUCCAAAUCACGCUCCAGUUCUCCCAGUGAAGAGAGGAUACGUGUGGUCACCAGACAGGGCAACAGCUCUGAAAGCCCUGUUCCCUCAACCUCAGAGUCCAGCACCCCGAGCGGUAAGCGUCGCAUGUCCCAAAUGUCCACCUGCUCUCGGCCACACAUCUCAUACUCGCCCUUGGUGUGCCACAAGCUGCCUUCAUCGCAAGUGGAUGAUGAUGAUGAUGAUGUGCAGCAGAUGAUAGGCUGCUGUAGUGCUGCUUUAUGGGACAACGAUGCAGAAGAGCAGGGAAGCAGGCUGAGGCAGCAGGAGAGCACACACUUUGAAGUGGACGAAUAUCUUUCAUCAGCCCGACGUUACCCAUCAGAGUCUUUCCUUGCCCUACAGGAGGAAGAGCACAGCCCAGAUUCUUCUGCUCCCAUGGAAACUCUCACGUUUGAGGCUGCGGUGGCCACAAGCCUUGGUCGCGCCAACACCGUCAGUGCGUCGAUGCGUACAAGGUCGCGGAUGGGCUGGCAGGUGCCCAACGGACACUUCCGCAAGCGACUGGCUCAGAGCAUAUCUGUCGCCGGUGGUGAAGCACUCAGUGAUCCAGAAGAUGACAAAUACUAGAGUAGGUUGUACAAAAGAGACACAAAUUGACAAACAUUGUUGGAGGACAUUGAGGUGGAUGCUGAAUGAACAAUAUUUAAGAGGAGUUUCAUAGAUACAUGAGUCAAUGGUGUGUUCAAUGAAAUGAGGGUAUAAGACUUUUCACAUUUACAUUCUCAUAUAUCUCAUUAGAUUUCUUAUCAGUGAGUUUCAACUCAUACAGUACAUUUAAACAUCAGGCCCUAUUUAGGUGUUUAAUAGCUUUUUUCUGGUUUUAGUUAUUUUUUGGCCAAGACCCCCUUAGAAACAAAAAAACUCAAAAAAUAAAAUAAGGCAUUUCCAUCCGUAGAACUGACGCUCACUGGAUGUUUUUUUUGUUUGUUUGAUUGUUUUUGGCACCAUUCGUAGUAAAUUCUAGAGACUGUUUUGUGUGAAAAUCCCAGGAGUUACAGAAAUACUCAAACCAGCCCAUCUGGCACCAACAAACAUGCCACUGUCAAAAUCACUGAAAUCACAUUGUUCUCCUUCUGGUGGUUGAUGUGAACAUUAACAGAAGUUCCUGGCCCGUAUCUGAAUCAUUGUAUUGGCUGAUUAGAUAAUCAUUUGAAUAAGGUGUACAGGUGUACCUAAUAAAGAGCUCAGUGAGUCUACUUGUAAAACAUCCAAAAAUAGAAUAAAUAAUAAGCUAUACUUCUGCAGGAGCAAUGUUAAUAUAGCUCAACCAAAAAUAUAUAUUUUUUGCCAUAAUUUACUCACCCUCAAAUCAGGUCAUUUUUUCAUCCGUAAAGCGCAAUAAUGAAGGAUUGAGAGGAUCGUGAUUGUGCUGUUAAUCUCCAAAAGCACCAUAAAAGUCAUUCACAUCACUCAUGCACUUUUUUAAUUUUCUGAAGCCUUGAAAAAGUGUUGUAUGGGGUAGAGAGUCAAUUUUAAGUGUUAAUUCCUGUCUUCGCCCAUUAAAAUCUGGCGUGCGCACAAAUUCGACUUUGUUUACAUAAGGAUGGCACAGUGAACACCCCUGACGCCACAUAAGUAUAAACGCCUCGAGUUGUCAAGAGGUGCACACACAGGACACGCUACAGUGCCAAGCGAAAGUAUAAACGAGGCUUAAAGACAAAAAUGCGGAGGAAAAGAAAUAAGAAAUUGAGCCCAUUGGUUAUUGCAUGUAUUGUCACAAAUGUUUUAAAUUGUUUGAAAGGGAUUGUUGGGGGGGUUCACAUUUUGAGAACCAGUGUCUUGAAAUGCUUCACAUUUGAUUUUUGUUUUUCUCUCUCAGUUGUAUGUUUAAGGUCUUGUCAUGCAACACAAAAAGCAAGUUGUAUUUAUUUAUGCUUUACCCCAAUUCCACUUAUUUCUGAAUCUCUUUGUUACAUUAUUAUAAUUUUUCUAAUAAUAUUCACUACAUCAGAGCACGGUUUUACAUUUCUGAACUGAAUAGACCAUAUAGGUACUCAAUACAUUUCUUAAUGUUUUGCAAAUUGAGAAAUAACUAAAUCAUUUAAAUAAACAUAAAUUCCCUGAAAAGUCUUACAUAUGAUCUUGCAGUUUUAUCACACAAGGUUGAGAAGAAUUAACUUGACUUUCAAAGAUCCGUUUAUACAAACAAUUGCACUAAAUACAAUUUGUCAAAUCAAAUUUCCAUGUGAUUCCAUGAUAUAAUAAUUGUUCGUACAGAAAAGAUUGGUCUUUACCGCUGAGGCUUCAGUUAUGGUAAAUGUUUAAUUUAAGUUAGUUUAGCUGAAUUUCUUGUGUGUGUGAAGGGGUUUACAGACAUAACUCUAUUAUAUGAGCAAAGAGUUGACUUGUUGAGAAUGGGUGAAGUUGUCACAGUCAAAUUUGAUGUCACAUCAAUUCAGGAACUGUUUUUAAAUGUGUUUUAAAAGAUUUCUUCUCUAAAAACAUGUAAUAUUUGACUUUACUUUCAGGCUUCUUGGAAUUUGGAUUUUUGAUAUAAGUUACUGAAUUUGAGUGAAUAAGCAUCCUGAUAACUUUAUGUAUAAACCAAUAAAAUAUACACUUUUU